AUGGAGUACUUCGAUUUCGACGACGCCUCGCAUGCCAUCCCUGCUUUCGACCUUGACGACUGUUCGUCGGUCGCGGGCGAGGCUUGUGAGACUGAUGCCACGGAUUGCUAUGAAUCCCUCUUUUUCGACAAAUCGGCGGCCCUUCCGACAAGUCGACCGCCGCCCAUGAAAAUCGUCAAAUUGAAGCUAAUCAACAACGUCGAAAUAGAGGCCAUCCCACAUCCUUCCGACAUCACCGCGGACUACCCCAUGUUUCGUGCCAAAGAGCCUUGUGAUCUGUGCGCGCGAAUGGGUCUCGAUUGCUUCUUGGCUACAAGAGGCGCUCUGGUCACAGGCUGCACCUGCUGCAUCUCUCUGUAUCGAGAGUGCAGUUUUGUCCACCCCAAAAUCCCCAAAGGCUUUGUCAAUACUUUCCCAGGAAUUGCAGAAGAUCAGCAGAUUACUGAAGGGCCAUUGACCGAACGGAGAAAGGCCAUGAAGUCAAUGGAAGAGGGACGAGGCCGAAAGACUGGCGCCCGGUUCCCGCGCGACGCGGUCAAGAUACUGAAACAGUGGCUUGCUGAACAUGCUGACCACCCGUAUCCGAAUGAGCGAGAAAAGGACGAGCUCAAGCAAGUCACCGGCUUGAAGAGGAGCCAGAUCUCGAAUUGGCUGGCCAAUGCGCGCAGACGAGGCAAGGUCAGGCCUGCCGAAUCUGGGCCGUCCUCACCGAUGCUCGGGGCAAUUGACAUACCCAACAGAGUCGACAAUCCAGACAUUACAGAUCUCAAUCCCCUAGACCGAUGGAAAGCCUCACCACCAGAACACGAACCCGCAUCGAUGACCGCUAUUGCUCGUGCCGUCACUUCCACCCCGCUACCAGUUCGCAAUCCGUCUCUGCCGAGCAUUCAUGGCUCCAGGCCAAGCUCGAGGAAGGCAUCGAGCGAAGACGAUUCAUCCUUCUCCAUGUUCCGUGCUCCAUCUGUAAGCAGUUUUGGAACCAAAGAAUCCAGCAAUUCCGAUCUUACAUUCGCUUCUUCGCGGUCGAAUCGGUCCAAGGGUUCUUUUGCAUCUUCCCAAGACCGGCGCAGGCGCAGGCGAGCCCCGGUGGCGCAACGCACGGCUACGCAACAGGCCAAAUCCCGCGCGGCAAGGAUCUUCCAAUGCACGUUUUGCACAGAUUCGUUCCCUGCCAAGUAUGACUGGCAGAGGCAUGAGAAGUCUCUCCAUCUUGCUCUGGAGCGGUGGACAUGUUGUCCCAAUGGUGGUACAAUGACCGACGCACUGACGGGAAUGGAACUUUGCGUCUUCUGCCGCGAGCCAAACCCGUCUACGGAUCAUUUGGAAUCGCACAAUUUCACUGCGUGCCAAGAGAAGACGUUGCAAGAACGUACCUUUUAUCGGAAGGACCACCUCAGCCAGCAUCUGAAAUUGAUGCACAACGCGAAGGUGCAGUCUCACAUGGACACCUGGAAGAGCACCACAAACGAGAUCAAGUCGUCUUGCGGCUUCUGCCCAUCCAAGUUCACCACCUGGCAACAGCGAGCAGAUCAUCUUGCUGCUCAUUUCCGGAAUGGUGCGGACAUGAGCAACUGGGGUGGCGGAUGGGGUUUUGAACCGUAUGUCGAAAGACUGGUUGAGAAUGCCAUACCGCCCUACCUCAUCGGCCACGAGAGGACCACGAUGGACCCAUAUGUCGCAAGGCUGACGGCAACACCGUCCUCUCACACCGACGGCGGAUUGACCAACGGCACCUCAGCCGAGAGCACGGAGCCUGAUCAAAUGACUCGUGACUCAAAUUGUUGGGGUAGACUAGAGCAGGAAUUGAGCAAAUUUGUAUCGCAACAGAGAGUUGCAGGUCACGUCCCGUCAGACAAGGAGCUGCAGGAUCACGCGCGCUUUAUCAUUUACGAGGACAACGAUCCCUGGAACUGGACCUGCGCAGAUAAUCAGCAAUGGCUUGAUACUUUCAAGUACCAACAGGGGAUUGGAACUAUCACAGAAGCAAUGGUGCCGACCCAAACCCUGGCUGAAGUGCCCAUCCUAGCCCCAUACGUGAUCAAGGGCGGGUUGAAGUCGAAGCCUGCAACCACCCAAAGUCAGCGUAGGAGCUUGUCCGUUGAUACCAACUCUUUCCCAGCCAUGACACCGGACUGCGGCAGUGUACCCAACUCGACCACGGCAAGGACAUUUGACAACGGCAUGGAGCUUGACUUUGACAGCAUUGAUUUUAGCAACCUCGAUCUUGGAAUGGUCGACGAUCUGAACUUCGACCUAGGACUCGACAACAGUCAAGGAGUAGGGCUGGCAUGCGGUAGUGGCAUUGGCGUCUCGAUGGCGCCUGCGACGCCGUUCUCAUCGAGUAUCUCGGGUGACGGUUUGUUCGGCUCGUAUGGGAUGAACCACCCAGUGGGCGUGGGUAUGGACAUGAACCCAGGAAUGCCUCUUCAGCAGCAACCGACACAGGCUGGCAGCACUGGCCAGUUCAUGAGUGACCGUGACCUGAACCAAUUGACAGGUUACGUCGCAGGAUUCAACUGA